AUGUCUGUCAAUGCAUUGCCGGCGGGAGAGGUCGGGUUUGAGCUACAGAGCCUCCCAAUACAUGCCAACCUAUCAGCUGAGCCAUCAACUGUAGAGGCCAGCGCAUCGCCGAGCGUGUCGCUCGAUGAACGUGAAGAGGAAGCCGUCGCGCUUCCCCCGGUUGAUUACGGCGCUCAAGCUUGGAAGUUUGUACUGUGUUCAUUCAUCUUGGAGACGUUGGUAUGGGGAUUCCCUCUAAGCUAUGGUGUAUUCCAGGAGUGGUAUCUCUCAAACCCGAAUUCGCCCUUUCGCGGCGCCAGCGAGUCGGCCGUCAAUGCUAUCGGUACGAUCACGCUUGGGAUACAGUACAUGGAGGGACUUGGUGUCAUAUACUUCACUCAGAAGUGGCCGCAGUGGACCAAGACCAUGAUGUUCGCAGGCUUGGUCGUUUGUAUCGGCGCUUUGACGCUGUCGAGCUUCGCCACGGAGGUUUGGCAUCUUAUCGCUCUGCAAGGCGUCGUGUAUGGCAUCGCAGGUGGCGUGUUGUACAUGCCCGUUGUGGGUUGGUUGUCGGAAUGGUUCGUACAGCGCCGCUCGCUGGCCGGAGGCUUGAUCUUUGGUGGUACUGGACUGGGUGGCGCAGGCUUCCCGAUUCUGGCCAACUUCCUGUUACAACGUGUCGGGUUUCGCUGGACGCUGCGCGCAUUGGCUGCAAUUAUCGGCGUACUGGGAGGUCUCGCGCUUCUUGGAGCUAAGCCGCGCCUACCAAUUGCUCGUCAUGCGACACCCGCGCCGAUGAGCUUUUCAUUCGUGACUUCACCCGUGUUCAUCUUCAUGGCGGUAACGAUCUUCGUGCAAGGACUCUCAUACUUCCCCGUAUCGCUCUACAUCCCCUCUUACGCCGCCUCACUCGGGUUCUCAAGCCUGAAUGGUACGCUCGCACUCGCUGCAUUCAACAUGGCCGCCGUCGUCGGCCAAGUUCUCGUCGGGUACUACUGCGACAGAGGCUCUUACACAACCGCUAUGAUCGUCUCGUCGAUGUUAUCUGCCAUCUUGGGUUUCGUUCUUUGGGGCUUUGCACACUCCCUGGCCCUGAUCUAUGCAUUCGCUGUGCUCUUCGGCGGGAUAAGCGGGGGUUUCAGCUCUACAUGGUUGCCUGCUGCCGCAGAACUAUUCAAUAACCAGUCCACUGCUAUAUUCAUGGCCUUUUCUUGCGCGAAAGGUCUGGCGGCCAUCACAGGACCAUUCGUUGCCGCAGCACUUCAUCCCAAGACUGUCUCCGAUCAAGAUAGAGCCGGAUCUGGUGGGUGGGCUGGCUAUGGAUUCACUGCCAUGACGAUCUUCGUCGGGAGCGGGAUGAUCGCAACAGCCGGACUAUCCAGCACGGUAUUAGCUUUCAGGAAGAAAACCUUGAAAGCCGAGUAG